UCAUCUGUGUCUGUCAUUCUGUCAAACGGUUGUUGUGGUUGUUGUGGAGGUUAUGUUUGUUUAUUACUUUUGAACAUUUUUAAUUAGCUAACAUUAAUUGCAAUUUGUAUGGUGCUGCCGUCGUGUUUCAGCUAAAUUGGCACAGAUUUAAUAUUCCGCACUACAUUAAACCGACUUAAUUACAAAAUUGGCAUAGUUUUUUGCCGCUUGUGUUCUUAACCCCACUUUUCUGUUUAUCUCAACACGUGUCUUUAAAAAAUGGGCGAAAUUAAUACAGAGCCCCAAGAAGCAGCUGAGGUAGACCCUACCGAAGAACUCUCCUAUGAAGAAAAAGUACAAAAUUGUAAUGCCAUUUCUAAACCAAUGGCAUCGAAGAAACUCACCAAAAAGUGUUACAAAUUGGUUAAAAAAGCCGUAAAACAGAAAACUUACGUACGCAAUGGGUUAAAGGACGUGCAAAAGAGAAUCCGGAAGGGCGAGACAGGAAUUGUGAUUUUUGCCGGAGAUGUGACUCCAGUUGACAUCAUGUGCCAUUUGCCUGGUGUAUGUGAAGAUAAAGAUAUUCCUUACGUUUAUGUACCCAGUAAGAAGGAUCUGGGAGCUGCUAUGGGUAUAAUGCGGGGCUGCAUGUUGGCUUUAGUGAGGUGUCACGAUGAUUAUAAAGACACCUUUAAUGAGUUGAAGGCUGAGAUUACGAAUCUCGCUGUAGCAUUAUAAGUAUGUAUAGGUUAAGCAAUAAAAAAGUAAUGAAGUUUAAUACAAAUAUUUAUUAGAAUAGCAAAUUAUUGCACACAUACAUGAUUGUUGAGUA